AUGGUGAACAAAGCAUGGAAGAUCAUUCCAAGACCUUUGCUAGAAACAAUCCUCAACAACCACGCCCAACACCACCGUGUCCCUCAACUCCUCAUUCUCCACGGCCCCCGUGGCGUCGAAACCACUCUCAUCCUCGACCAGUCUCUUGGUGAAUGGAACAAAGGCCCCCAUUUAACCGGCUACGUAGACUUCGCUCAAUCAAUCAAAGACCACCAUCCCAAUUUCGAUGGUUUUCCUUGGACCUCUUGGUCCACCUGUGACCUACCCUUUUUAUCUAACUGCCGAACCCAACUGGAAACCUGCCUCGAAUCAAUGGCUCAUAACAUCAAGCUUGGAACCAUUAGCUCUAACCAAAUCUUCACCACUCUCAACAAAUCAGGCCUUAACACUGCCCUUCGCCGAAUAUUAAGCCGAAACGCUUCCAAAGCUGCGGUUUCUGAUAAGGUUUCGCGGCUCGGGUUUAUGGUACGAGCGGUUUUUGCAUUAUCUGCUCGAUCAAAUGCCGAGAGAAUUGACGGGGUUUGGGUUGCAAGAGAAAGGAAAGAGUUUGUCUUAUUGAAGAGGCUCUUUUUUAGGGAAGCGAUUGUCGCAUUGAGAUUGGCUAAGGAGGUGAUUAGGUGCAGCAAGGGUGGAGAGCUCAAUGCCAUUGCUGAUUUGAAUAGGAGUGCGUUUUCAAGGUCGCUAGCAAAUUCAUGUACUGAUUGGCCUUGUUUGUUGCUUGACUUGCUCUCUCAAGCUGCUGAGAUUGACCAUUUUCAGCCUAAGUUGGUCAUAAAUAAUAUUGAAAUCUUUCGGAAUGCAAUAUUAACGGAUGACUUGACAGUGUGUGGAUCAAUGUAUCAUGACAGUUUGAUUUGGAGAAUACUUGCUUUAGGAGCAAAUGAGCGAUGUCUGCCUGUUGUACUCGUGACAUCAGAUAGCUACUAUUCAUAUCAAGCUUUCAUGGAUUUUGGGUUUCCAGAUAUAUUCAUCUCUCGUGAGACCUUUGGUUGGACUCCCCAAGAAGCUAAAAUGCACAUGGUUACUGAUUACUUCACUCAUGCAGAGUGGAUGGUGAUUGAUGAUGUGCUUGGGCCAAACCCUCGACAUCUUUUUGAGCUUUAUGUGCUCAAACAAAGCAAUUAUUACCAGAAGUUGAUGGACAAUGAGGCAAGUACAUUUGAAGACAUAGUGGAUGCAUAUUUAGCAUAUUUGCAGAUUACUGUGGUGAAUCCUUCAAUGGAAAAAGCAUUGAUGCUCCUGCAAAAGUUUGUCGAUGAUGCACGAAGUGGAAAGAUUUUAGAUGAUAGAUUUCGUUUUGGUUCUCCUUGGAGACAUCCUCCAUCAUCCAAGGACCCUACUACAUGCUUGGAAUGGGCAAAGAUUCAACUAAUGGAUUUUGUUCAAUCUCUGGUUAACACAGAAUUUGGUAUUAAUUACCUAGCUGACUGUAGUCUAGAGAUCUUGGAUGAUCCUGCUGCUGUUGCAUUAGUGGAGGUUGGCUUGCUCUAUGCUCAAAGGGAUCCUUCUUUCAUUCGUCCCAUCUCUAAAGGUAUUCAGAGGUGUCUUGUAAGAUGGCUUGUCCAGGAGCGGAUGCAAUUGAGUUACCGGAACUUGCUUCAGUAUCUUUGGCAGCGAGUUAUACGUGGUCGUAGCUACCGUCAUUUGAUGCUGCAAGAGGGUUAUAACAAAUAGAACGUAGGGUAGGAUGCAGCAUAUCAGACUAAUUUCAGGAUUCUUUUGGCAUGGGCAUAGUUCAAAGUUCAUAUAAAAUUUUUUACAAUGUGGGGGACCUUUGGUAAAUAUAUGAAGGCUUAAACAGAAUUUGGAGUAUAUUAUCUUAGUUUCCCACAACACUUCCCUAGCAUGGUGUUGAAUUGGUUUUUCAUGUAUAGGUUGCUUAUGGAACAUGCCUGCUUUUUUCUAUGGGAUUGACAAUGAGAACUUGACUCAACAAAAUUGUAGAUACAUUUUCCAGCAGAGAUGUUUUUGAUAUGUAACGAGUUGAUCACUUAAUGAUGGCAGCUUCGGACGAUCGCGUUGCAGAGAUAUAUUUAUGCUGAACCAGUUUUGAGAAUACUCAUAUUGUGAGCAUUCUUGUUCAAUAUUUAUUUAUUUAUUUCUAUUCCUAUUCCAUUGAACAUUCCA